UGUGCAAAAAAUACAUACGAUUUAAACUAAUGGUACAAUUACGUAUUACGUGAAAAGAACGCACCAAAAGUAAUAAUAAAGUAAAUGCUUCACAAAAUAGUGUUAUAAAUGCGAGCAUAUAAAGCGUGUGUGUGUGUUAUAUUCAAAGAAUCCAAGAGGAAAAGUGAAUCAAACUAGUUUCAGCACCUUGGAUUUCGAUUACAUUUUUCAUCUAUACACUUGCAAAAAGCGACCAGAGCAGCAGCAGCCAGAGCAUUGGAGAACGACGGUAGAGAGACAGAGAGCGCUAACAAGCGAGAACGUAGGAGAGCCAAAGCCAGACAGGCAGACAGACGGGCAGGCAGACAGCCAGCGCAACACAGCUAACAACAGCGGCCCAAACGCGUUGAAUAGCGACGGCAAGAGACUAAUAAAAUUGAUUUCGCCAAUCGAAAAAGCAAACAAAUUAAAAAUCGUUUCCGCAACCGCGCUCUUUAUUAAAAGAAGGGUCACUCUAACGUGUCGUGACUGAAAAACAUUUGGUUAUAUUUUUUUUGCAAACGGCUGAGUAAGCGUAGAAGAGUGCAAAAAACGUACAAAAAGAAAGAAAAAAGGAGCCAAGGAGCAACGAACUGUGUGUGCGGUGUAUGCUCUGAGUGUAAAAGGUCGUUUUACAGCUCACACAAGAAGACUGAGAACCAAUACAGCAAACACAGAGAAGAAUCGUGAAGAGAAACUACAAGGAAAGGCAACAACAAAACGUAAGGCGCCAAGGAGGCAACUAAACAGAUCUCGACCUCCUCGAAAUCGAAAUCGAAAUCGACAUCCACAUCGACAUCGACAUCGACAUUAGCACAGUCCGACUUUCGAACGUCUGCAAAUAUCUGCAUCCCAUCUAAAGCGAAUCGAGUGCGAUUGGCGUGGAACGCGUGGCAGCAGUAGGCGGCAAAGGAAGCUAACGCUAAUGAGGAUCUAUUGGCAGCAUGAGUACACUGGGGGGAAGUAGGGGAGAGCGAAAUGCCAAGCCCAAAUUCACAGCGUUGGAUAUAAAUCGCAUGUACAAGAAUAGCCGAGGCGAAUCGAGUGAACCAUCUGCCCAAAAGAAUCAAGUGCCGCGUAAACAUGGAAUGCAAAUAUUGGGAAAAGUGCCUUCAGCUAGGCGGCCACCGGCCAAUCUGCCAUCCCUAAAGGCCGAGACGAACAUCAGCAGCAGCAGCGCCACCAACAGUGCGACGCCUUUGAGCAACAACAACACCAACAACAACAAUCUCCUUGCAUCUGUUGAAGGCAACAGCAGCAGUACGAUCAGCAGCGGCUCAAACUCAGGAGGCGCGGGCGGAACAGCGAUCAGUGCGGCGGCAAGUGGCGCAGGUGCAAACAGCGCUGGUCACAACAACAUCGGUAGUGGACACAGUAGCGGCAUCAGUGCAGCGGGAGGAUCAGCUCUUGGCCACCACCACAAUAACGCUAGCAAAUACAACAACAACAACAGCAGCAGCAACAAUAACAGCACCAGCAACAGUAACAGCCACAGCAGCAACAGCAAUAACAAUAAGAAUUUGAAAUUAAUAAAUAACUCGGCGACAAGCGGAGGUGCAUCGGCCGGCAGCGGCGGAGCAGGUUCUGGUGGUGUUGCUGGAAGCGGCAGCGGCGGUCACGCGAAUAACUCACCCAAGACAUGGUCAGCGAUAACGACAGGACACGAACGUGCAGGCGGCACCGGUGGCCAUGGCGGGCAUGGCGGCCAUUAUGGCAACCGUCAUCACCAGCAGCAACAGCAGCAGGUGGUGCCGCACUAUCAGAGUCCACAGUUUCAAUACGAGUUCCCCACAUUGAUGGGCGGCAACGGUGGCGCUGCAUCCUCAGGUGGUCAUGCGGGCGCAGCCGGCGGCGGUGGCAAAUCAUCAAAGGACCAGCAGGCGCACUACCAGGGUCAGCAGCACGCACAUCAUCACCAGAAUCAUCAUUAUCAACAGCAGCAGCAACAGCAGCGAGAUUAUCGCGAUCACCAUGGCCAUCAUGGUCGUCAGUUUGGCGGACACGGCGGACACCACUUGCAUCGAGGCAGUGCCACCAAUGCGGAUUCCGGCAGUUACAGAGAUGGCAGCGACGACGUCGGCGGUGGUGGCGGCGGCGGCGGCGGCGGCAACAGCAGCAGCAGCGAACUCAGCGAGAUGAGCCUGCGUCCCCAAAACGACCCAGCGGCUUGGCUGCAGCAGCAGGAGAAGGCCGCCAAGGAGCUGGCUUUGAACCAACAGGGCCAGGGCCACCAGAUACCGGCCAAUGGGAGCGGUGCGGGCGCCGGAUCGGGCGGCAGUGUACCACUGCCCAUACUCUCGCUAAUGCCGUCAUUCAUGCGUAGCGGAGCACCGCUGCCCGCCUCCGGUAUCGGAGGUGGGCCUACAAUGGCAGCGGCUGUGGCAAAUGCAUCAUCCAGCAUUUCCACAGAUCUGGCCUCGUCGGCGCCAGCGCCCUAUCAAAAUGGCAUCACCGGCAACCGAUCCGCCUCGCCUGCCAUUCUCGGCAGUUUUCGUGCCGCGGCUGCGAUACCGAAGCGUCCAGCCGCUGGCAAUGCAGCGAUGACGACGCCACCACCGUCAGGUACGAUGGGAGGAAGUGGUGGCGCGACAACACCGCCGCAGCAGCAGCAGCUGCAGACGAACGGGCCCGGUGGCCGCAAGGACAAGGACAAGGACUAUGUGGUAGAGCCUGAGGUGGCGCAAAUGCAGCGUCCCAUCAUUAGGGAAGAGGAUCUGGAGCGCCUAAAUGCGAUUGCGAAGGACGAUAGCUGGACAAAACAGGAUGAAAUUGACUACACAAAGAAACUAACAUUUUCGGAUGAUGAGGAGCAUGCCAGUCUGGAGGAUCAGCACCACAACAACAGCAGCAGCAGCAAUAACAGCCACAAUAAGCAGCAGCAGCAGUCAGUCCAGUCCAGCAGCAGCAGCAGCGAUCAGCGCAAGUCGUCGGGCAGCAGCUCGUGGCAGCGCGGCAAGGACAGCAGCGAGCGGGACUUGGAUGGCCCAGCGGAUCAGGGUCCGGGUCAGGGUCAGGAGCAACGGCAGCAGAACGGCCACCGAAGCAGUGCGGGCAAUGUGGUCGUUGGUAGCGGUGGCAUUGCUCUCGAUGCCGGCGUCUAUGAGCGUGUUAAGCAGCGCAAGGAGGAGGAGGAGCGUCGCCAGAUGGAACGCAAGCAGGCGGCAGCAAAGAAGCUGCAGGAGCUUGAGAUGAAGAUGAACAGCAAGAAGGCGCUCAGCGAGAACAGCGGUGGCACCCCGGCCACUGCCAGCAGUGAGGCACCAGCCGUGCCCCUGGCCAAUGUCAGCGAGGACGAGGGCGGGGGUGCUGGACAGCAGCAACAGAUGCAGCAGCAGCGGCGUCCGCGUGGCAGCAUCUCCAGCAUGGGCAGCGGCGGUGGCAAUGGCUCCGCCUCGGCUCCAAUUGCGGCAUCUGCAGCCGCCGGCGAUUAUGGCCAAAAGCCCGUCUUCAUGACGCAUUUCCAAUCGAAUUUACCGCCGCGUUUCCAGCGCCAGCAGCAGCAGCAACAACAGCAGCAAUUGCCGCGCGGUGGUCUCGAGAAGAGCGCCUCGGCCAGUAGCGCCUUCGAUAGCAGCAACUCCCGCUAUCUGCAAAAGGGCGGCAGCGGCAACGGCGGCUCCAGCGGCAGUGGUGGCAGCAGCGCCGGCGGCGGAGGCGGCUCCGGCAGCGGUGUCCGCAGCAUCUCAGGCGGCUAUGCGCGAGCGGGCAGCGGCAGCGGCAGCUACGGACGCAAUCGUCAUGACAGUGCCAGAGCAGAGGAGCAGGAUGCGACAUCAGUGGGCGCAACCAGUGCCCGCGAGCUGGAGCAGUCCAGGUAUACGCGUGGCCAGGAGUACCGCAGUGGACAGCAGCAGCAACAGUUGAUGCAAUCGCGCAGCAUCUCGGAGAAUUCGCAUCGCAAGACGAGCGUCUCCUCCGGCGAUGAUGUGCUCAUGGGCGGUGGCUCCUGCUCGUCCUGGGCGGAGCAAACGGAUGCCGAGCAGAAGCAUCAUCGUCAUCGCGAGGAGAGCUUCUCAUCCACGCACAGCCACGAUUCAGCCGUACAGAUUAAGAUACUACAGCGGCCAGCGCGUCAGCCCAGCCUCAGCGAGGAGAAGCCCCUCUCAGCGGGCAGCAGCACGCUCCAGAAGCAGCCAUUGGAGCCCAUGCAGCCCACACAGAUAUUGAGGCGCAGCGUUGAGCCCGUUGACAAGUCGGAGGAGAAGGCGACCGAUCGCGAAGCUGGCGACAAGGGCGCAGAGACGGAGGCGGCCAAGCUGGCUGGAUUCUCUGCUGUCAAGGAUGAUGACAAGGAGGCGUCACGAAACUCAACGGUAGCCUCCACUGCAGCAUCCGUCGUGCAGUUUGCGGCUGGCAAGCGUCCCAGUCCACGGGGUGGUCGCGGCGGGCGUGAGGAACUGCACACGUCGAGGGGCGCGGGCAGGAGCUAUCCGGCCAGUGGAGCUGGCGGUGGCAGCUAUCGCGGACAGCGCAGCAACAGCGACUGGAGCAGUCGCAACAGCGGUGGUGCAGGCAGCGGCGGCCGUCGCUACUACGGCAGCGGAGGUGAGCAGUCCGAGCAAUCGGAAGACGUAGAAGAGGAUUGUUAUAGCAGCAGUGGCGGUGGUGGAGGCGGUGGCGCAUCGCGACGCAGUCCAAAAGUGCAGACCCGUUCCGAUCAGAGCAGCAACAGCAGUGGCUCUGGUGUGACGGCUGCAGCAGCAGCAGCUGGAUCGGCAGCAGGAGCGGGAGCUAACAAGGCGGGCUUUUCGCCAAGAGGCGAGCCCUCGCGCCGCGGACGCGGUGGUCUCUCCAGUGGAGGCAGCUCGACGGCCGGUUUCCGACGACAGCCAGCGAGCGGAGGACGUGCGUAUGGCCGAUUGGGCUAUGAGGAGUACAGCAAGCGGAACUCUGAAUCGGAGUCGGGCAAUUUGUCGGACCUGGACAAGACCAAGCAGAAUCAGAUGGCGCUCAGUGCAGGACUGCACAAGGGCAAGGACGAGAAGGAGGAGCUGUUGGCCGACAAGGAGAAGAGUGCCGGCAGCGGCAACGCUACCAGCAACAGCAGCAGCAACAACAACAACAGCAACACCAACACCAACAUCGUAAGCAACAUUAAUAUACCCAACACUGCCGUGGCCAAGGAGGAGCCACACAAAGAUGGGCCUGCAACGGGCCCAGCGACGGGUGCCGGAACAGUAGGAGCAGCAGGAGCCAGGCCGCCGCCAGGACUGAGCACAGCUGCCGUCGGCGCCACCUCUGCUGGACUGCCUCUACUGGCUGCCCCAGGCAGCGAUGCGCCCGGCAAAAAGAAGACUAGCGAAUGCACAACAAUUGCGCCGUCAGUGGCAGCAAUAACGGCAGCAGCCGUUGCAUCAGCAACAACGGCGCCAAUUGGCGACAAGUCCAAGCUAUCGGCCAUUGGCGACAAGAGCGCCCUUGGUGUGGGCGUGGUCGGGGCGGGCAAUCUAUUGUUAGACGCCAAUGCUCCCGUAAACACUAUAAUCUUCGAGAACUCCACGUACAAGCAGCAGCAGCAGCACCAAGCGGCUGCCGCUGUGCCGCUCAAGCCCCAAUCCCUUGGAGGAGCAGCGACCGCUGCAGCUGUCGAGAGCCUAUCGAGUGCGCUCUCGCAGAUGAGCUUUGGCGGAAAUGACGAUGAGCAACAGCAGCAGGACAUGAAAUUGGGCUUCAGCUUCAGCGACGAUGCUGCCUCGCUCAAGGUGGUGGACAGUUUGGAAGCGGCCAGCAAGGCGGCCUCUCAACAACACCAACAGCAGCAGCAGCAGCAGCAGCAACAACAACAACAACAGCAGCAGCAGCAGCAGCAACAACAACAACAGCAGCAGCAGCAGCAACAUCAACAACAGCAGCAAAACAAUUCUACGGCGGAUCUGAAUAUGAAAAUAGCGAGCGUGAAAAAGGUGUGGGAAUCGGCCACGCCCAUGUCAGAGACAACUCAGCAGGCAAGCCAUGCGGCUAGUGCACAGCAGCAACAGCAGCAGCAACAACAGCAGCAGCAGCAACAACAACAGCAGCAACAGCAGCAGCAACAACAUCACCAGCAGCAGCAGCAGCAGCAGCACGCGCAACAGCAACAACAGCAGCAUUCUCAACAACAACAACAGCAAGCGGCGGCAGCUGUGGCCGCCGUUGCCCAGCAACAGCACGCGCAACAACAACAAUCGCAGCACAGCCAACACGGACAGCAGCAGGUGUCAAACUCAGUGGUGGAUGACAGCGGCAGCCACAUCAGCGGUGCAUCGUUUGUAGCCGCCGUGGCUGCCUCGCAGCAGCAGCUCCACCACCAGCAGAUGUCGCACUAUGCCGUAUCCGCGGUGCACAUGCAGGGCCAUCACCAGCAGCAGCAGCAACAGCAGCAACAACAACAGCCGUCGCAUCACCAGCAGCAGCAGCAGGCACACCAUGCUCACCAUGCAUUGUCCUCGCCGGGACCGGUCUACGGCAGCCACGGAUCGCCGUUCGACACCGGUUCGCUGGACCAGCAAUUCCAGCAACAGCCGCAGCAGGAUGACUAUCCCAGCCCACAGCAGCAGCAGCACUCGCAGCAACAUCAGCAGGCAGUGAAGGCCAAGCAGCUGCACGCCGGGCUGGGCAUGUCACCGCCGCCUAGCCACCAACAGCAGCAGCCGCAGCACUCGCAGCAGCAGCAACAUCAGUCUCAGCAGCAGCAACAGUUGCCGUUCUAUCAGGCAUCGCCACAGUUUGGCGUCGGCGGCAUUCCAACGAUUCCCAGCCCGCCGGCGGUUGUGUUCAACUCAUCGCAGCUGGCGCCGCCGCCGCCGCCAUCGCAGGCUGGCAAUCUGUACGCUUCAUUCCAUUCGCUUGAUCAUUCGAACCGCUCGCCCGCAUACUCAGCGGCCGCCGCCGCGGCCCAUUGCCUGCCCGGCCACUAUGCGGCUGCGGCGGCUGCGGCAGCUGCUGGCGGUGCCUUCAAUGCGUACGCCAUGCAGACGCCGCAUGGCCACGGCGGCAAUAUGCCCCCGCCGCCAACGGCGCCCACGCCGGACAUGUACUCCAAUAUGCCGUCGCAGUACCGAAUCGGCAGCGGUCCCUUUGGCCAGCCGCAGCCCAAUUCACAGCAGCUGAACAAUCCGAACGCUGCCGCCGUUGCCAUCAUAUCCUCCAACAGCAGUUCCAUGAUGUCAUCGGGCGCGGCCAAGCCGCCGCCGCCCAGUCAGCAGCCCAUUGGGGCGAUUGGUUCCAAGUCGGCGGGUAGUGGCGGCGGUCCAGGGCCUGGGCCAGGACCUGGACCCGGACCCGGCUCCGGACCAUAUGCGGGCUACAUGAACAUAUAUCCGCCGCAUCCCGGACAGGGCGGACCGCCGCCUGGUGCCCAUCAGCUGCAGUCGAACAGCUACUACUCGAAUUCCGCACCCGGAGGUCCGAGCGGUCCACAGUACUAUGGCGGGCCACCUCAGGGCGCUGGGGGCGCGGCCCAGAACUAUGGCCUGGCCACCGCGGCCGGCAUGUACGGGGGCCAUCAGGGCGGGCCGCCCGGCUCCAAUGGUCCGCCCGGUCCACAGUCGCAGCACACGAUGGGCAACUUCAACACACAGUUUAUGAACUCGCAGCUGCUGUCGGCGGCGGGCAUGAGCCAGUUCCGAAGUGGCCCGACGCCCGGCGGCGGUUACCUGAAGAACAGCCAGGGCCAGGGACACAUGCAGGACUCGAUGGGCAGGCAACUGAAGAGUCCAUUGAGCGCUGACAUGAGCCUGGGCCUGGCCAAACAGGGGCAGUCGCAGCCAAGUCCGCCGCAUCACAAGAACUAUGGCGGCUGGGACCUGCAGAAUCAGGUGCUGCAGCAACAACAGCAGCAGCAGCAGCAGCAACAACAACAACAGCAGCAGCAACAGCAGCAGCAGCAAUCUCAGCAGCAGCGGCAGGGUGGCAACGGCAGCAACAUGAAUGCACUCGGCGGCCGUGGCAGCGGUGCCGUGGGCAGCGGCUCCGCCGGCUCUCAGGUGGUGGGUGGUGGCGGCAACGGUGGCGUUGGCAGCGUGGGGCAAAGCAGCGGCAGUGGUCAGGGUCGAUAUCCGGCGCCCAUUCAGCGGCCAAACAACUAUCCACAGCAUCCGCAGCAGCAGCAGCAGCAGCAGCAACAGCAGCAACAACAGCAGCAGCAACAACAACAGCAGCAGCAGCAGCGCGAACAGGCAGCGGCAGCGGCGCAGCGCGCCCAAAGCAUGCGCCAAGUGACAGGAGGCGGUGCGGCCGGCAGUGCCGGCAAUAGUAACGCGCCUGGCGUACCGCCUGGCGCCAACAAUGGCGGCAACGGCGGCCCUGGUGGCCCAGGCGGAGCCGGCGGCGGCAACUCGCCCGCAGCGGCAGCGACGGCGCAGCUCAGCAAGCCCUACUAUUCAAAUAAUGCGGCGGGCGCUGGCGGCGCCAACCGUGGUGAGUGGCAUGCCAAUUGAGCCUACGAUUGAGCCAAUGGCGCGGCAUCGCCCAGUAAACCCCUCGCACACACACAAACACUCACACAUACACGCGCAUGCAGAUACACACACAGACACAACCAUACGCAGAUAUAGAUCAACAUAGAAAGGCGCGAUUCAGCAAUGAAAGAUUGAAGUGACAAAGCAAGCGAAAUAUAUUUACUUAUACAUGCAUAAUACACACUCAGACAGACACACACAUACACACACGCACGCAUAUAGCACUAUAAAGAACAACGGUAACAGCAGAGAAUGCGAACUAUUAGCGAAAGCAACAAACAAUGAGAGAAACGAAUUAACAAAAAGCGCAAACAUAAAUAAAACUUUAACAAGAGAAAUCGAAAAAAUAACAAAAUACAAAAUGUCAAAAAAAAAAAACUUCAAAUAUAAAAAAGCUAUAAAAAAAAAGUCAAACUAAAAGAUACAACAUAUAAGUAUAUAGAGCAGAAGAAGAACAAGGACAGCACCUUGAUGUCAGAAUCAAGAAGAGGGCUAGCCACGCCCACAAAACAAACAAUAUGAUGAAGAUAAUAAUGAUAAGAGAGAUGAAUGCGAAAAAUGCGAAAACAAAACAAAACACCACAAAAAAGUGAGAAAAAACACACAGA